AUGGAACUGAGAUACGUAUUAACAACUUUACUAAAAAUUCUGAUCUCCACACCGAACGUAUUAUUAUUAUAUAGUAUAAAUGAAGCCUAUAGUGCAGCUCUUAUGGGAGGACACCUGGACAACAAGAGCAAUUCUACACUGAAUGUUACAGAUACCUACUACGAGUACGAUCUUAGUGAUAGUGAAGAACUUCAAGACAGAGAUAUCGAAGAUGUCACGAAAGACAAAACAAAUUCUGAAGAAAUUCCAGAUCCAUCUGCAUUAGUACUGCCAGGUUAUAAUUUACCAGAAAACAUAUUUAAUCAUGGAAAGCCAUUUUAUGUAGAAAAGGACCCGUUGACUGGUAGAAUCGAUUUUAGUCAUAAAUCUCCAACAUUAGAGUCUGAUUUAUAUGAAUAUGUGGACGAUGAACCCAACGACAAUAUUUAUGAUAAAAGUAAUAUCGACAGAAAAGAUGGCAAUAUAAAUGGUCAUAAACCUAACGACGUAAAUCAGUUAACACCAAAUUUUCACGACUUUUUAAACCUCCCAGUGAAAUACAAUCCAGACAAAUAUGUGUAUCCGUUAAUUUCAAAUUCUUAUUCUAGUACAAAGGUCCAAGGCAGUGUCAACAAAUUCCACAAUCAUAAGGAUUAUAAUGUCAAAACAACAAAAAUGUCAACAGAUAGUCCUGCUUAUGAUUCAACAAACAGAUAUUUUAAUCCAACAAAGAUUAUUACAACACCUGUUAUGACAACAACUAUGGCAACAACUGUACCUGUAACCAAAAGGUACCCUUCUAUUUACCUUACCCCUAAACCUAUAAAUUUGAUGCAUUCUGAAAUGUCUCAUCCAAGUUUCAAUGAAGAGUUUGAUUAUGAGGUGCCUUCUUCCACAGCAAAGCAAACAGAACCAGGAAAUAUUUAUAUAACAACUGAAGCUGUUAAUAAUAACUAUCUAGCUUCUAAACCUUCUUUUACGACAAAAAGACCUUUAAGCCUUUUUGAACAACUUUUUGGAGAUUACGAGGAAACAAUUCCCACUGCAGUAAAAACAGCGACUCCAAAAAUUGACCAUGAUGUUUAUAUUACCGAUAAAAACAACUCAAAAGAAUAUAUAAAUAUUGAAACAUCAUCUAAGACAACACCUGUAGCAACUGAUAGUUAUAAUUAUUAUCAAAAUUCACAUGGGGGUCCAAAUGUUCUUUCAGGUAGUAGUAUGGGAAUCGAUACAAAUUAUGAUUAUGAAGAUUAUGGAACUGGAAAAUAUGAUGACAACAUAGCAGUAGAAAAUAGACCAAUAAAAAACGUUGACGAUGAUUUAAAAAUAGAGCCUCUAAACGUAGUAAAAAUAGAGAGUGAUAAAACGGUAAAACAUUCUGAGAAUAACAAUAACAUCAAAAAUGAACUAAAAGAAACAACAACUGCAAAAUAUGUUAUAACUGGUUAUGACGAAUACGAUUAUCAGGAAAAGGAAGAAGCAAUCUUAACUACAGCAAGUACAACCACCGUAGCUUCCACCACGAGUAUGAAACCUAUGACAUCCACUAUAAAAACCACAUUCACUACCCCAACCAUAACAGUUAGGGUUACAUCAUUACCUUUAGGUGAAAAUCACGUAACCAAUGCUAAUCGUGAACCAAUAAACCACGAUCCAAUUAUUGUCGCCACGCAAAAUUUACGUGAGAAAUUAAAUAGCGAAAAGGUACUGCCAAAACCAUUUGAAACUCCCAUGAAUGAACCGAUUACGUUGGUAACACAUCAAGCAGGACAACCACCUAGUACAAGUAAUAUCCACAUUGCCCCUGAUCAAGAUACAGUGUCAUUUGUAGUUGGUAACCACCAAAAUGUCGAUAAUGGUCAAUAUCUUGAAUCCUCAGUACAGGAAAGCCCAUAUGAUAGUAAUCCCUUUAGACCCUUAUACGGACAACAAGCGAUGUAUAGUAAUGGCGGCUCUCCAAAUCACGUUAUUGAAACAGAUCCGCAAGUAGCCCAAUCGCUAAUACCGUUAGGACAAAAUUAUCCAGAAGUAGUUGGCAGUGCAGUGACCAUUCAGCCACUGAAGAAUUCUGAAGCGUCGUUGGCUAUUGGCGUACCCGUAGGUGGAGUCAAACAAAUUCCAGGUCAAGUUGUAGAUGAAAAAUUGGAGUUAAGUAAUAACCCUAUAGAUUUUCCAAAGGAUGCAGGUUCCAAAAUUGUAUUUCCUGAUGAAAAACAACCUGAAUUUCCAGAUCUAAUACCCCCUCCAGCUCAACCUCAUCCCUUACAAGCUCCUUUUCCGAGUCGCGACAUCCUUCCACUAAAUUCAAAGCCAAUGUAUCACCAGUUACCUAGCGAUUUAACUCCUCCAAAAGAAAAAGAGGUAAUACCCCCAUUAAGAAGAGAUCAAAGACCAAUAAGACCGCCCUGGGAUCCUAGACCAGGACAUUUUCAUACUGGUAAACCAGAAUAUAAUCGCCCCCCUCGUCCUAUAUCUGAAAUGGCUUAUAAAAGGAUCGAUAAUUUACCGAAUAUAUUACCACAAUUUAGGCCAAAUAUGAAUAAACAUAUUUCCCCAGGGCACUACUUAAGUAAUAAAUUAGCUAGACAACCAUUAUUAGAGAGGCCAUCAAACAGACCCAUUGCAUUCUUUGAAAAGUUACAUCCACCACCGCCACCAUUUCCUGUUCAUAAGAAUAUCCAAAACUUAAGGAAAGGUGUUCCUUCUGUUAUUCCACCUAGGCAAUCAUUGGAUGAAACAAAAAUUGCACAAGAUAGGAUUAUUAAUGAAGGACCACGAAAACCAUCGCAACAGACAGAUCACUUCGGAUUUUAUCAAACCCCUCCCCAAAUUAAAAUUGCCAACAGAAGAAACAGCGACGAUAUGGCUGAGGUUGAAACGUUACAAAUGAUACAGGCCAAAAAUACGGAAAAAGUUGAAAAGAUCGGAACCGAGUCUUCAUUAGAAGAAUCUCAAGUCGUAAAUAUCCCAGCCGAGAGCAGUUUCAAUGAUAAUACAGAAAAGACGAUAUAUAAAGUAUAUCCAGUAAAUACCCCUCCAAUAAAAUUAGAUGUAAUAGACAAUACUAAGACAGAAAGCGUAGUGAUUGGAACCAGAGCUGAACUGCCUCUACCACCGUCAAAGAUAAAUACAGAUUUUACGUAUGACCAAAAUCCACUAUUCGAUAAGAAAGAUCGUAAUGAUGCUCCAAUAUUGAAACCACAUCCUAGACCGUCAUCUUUUCCAGUAAAAUCUGAUUUUCCGUAUCCAUUAGAACGUCCAGAUCCAGCAGUAAUUCACCCUCCCGUUCCAGAAACACCCUCAAAUACAGGUAAUGGUCUAGAUGACAGCGCGGGCAAUAAAUUUGUCGAAGAACCAACUUAUUUGUCUAACAAUCAAUGGAACACAAUUGGAGAAAACAUUGAAUCUAGAAUUGUAAAUUCUCAAAAACAAAAUUUAAAUCAAAUAUCAGUAACUCUUAAAACAUUCACUGAAAAGCCUAUCGCCGUAGCGUACACACCCACCGAACCCAACUUAAAUGCUGACAAAUAUUCAAUGCCUAACUAUGGGAGUCCAGUUAUUCCAGAAAUACGACCCGGAACAGUUGAAAAUGCCGAUACGAGUCACUCAAACAGUGAAUUUACAGUGAGUGCCGUCAUGCAUACUCAUCAUCAAACCAAUAUAGCAAAAGAAAACAUUCCAGAUGAAUUAAAUAAACGAAUGGAUGAACAUCAUCAAAAUUCCAACCAUAAAAAUAAUAUCGACACUCCAAAUCACACUAAACUUGAUUUUGAAGCUCCUUUUCAAGCUAGCAUAAAUAUAGACCAUUCGAUAAAUCAAGGUUGGUCAGUUGUUAGGAAUAAGAAUAAAACUACGACUGAGGUAACAGAGUUUACAACAGUAUCAUAUGCGACUACAGGAGAAUUUGAUAUUGAAAAUUUUAAACCUCAAUUAGAAGGAGGAUUUAAACCAAUUUACAACUUUCCUGAUGAAAAAAAGCUCCCAGGAAAUGUCCCCAGUGACAGGGAAGAAUAAUAUUAAACACAAAAUAGUGAAAAAGACUUUAAUUAAAAGACUUGGUGACUGGCGGGGAAAUUGUUAGUGUUGAAUAUAAUUUUGCAGUAUGCGCUGAUAAUAGACUGUUAACAUACUUCGAAAUUAUAUACCUACCUAUCCAAAUAAUCUAAGUUAAUGUUAUCUCGUUAAGGAUAUCAACAAAUUAUUUUCAGCAAAUAAUUUGUCUGAUGAAUUUUUAUAUGAA